AUGUAUUUUAGGACGAUAUUUGUUUAAUUUGCUAGUAAAUAAUAAGUUUGUAAAAAUGGUGAUGUUGUGGAAGUGAAAUAGUGGAUACUGUGUUUAAUUAUAUCUUAACUAAAUUCAAAUCAGUAGUAGAAUCAUCAUAUUUUUUACGUCCACGUCAGAAAGGAAACUACAUAGUUUGUUUUACAGCCAUUAAAAAUCAUGAGUAAAACACGGACUGCAGGAGAUGGCAUGGAAUCAGACGAAAUUGCCACUGAGGCAGUGCAAAAAGUUACUGGAAAGUCUACCAUUCGAACUGGAAGUAAAGACACCCUUCUUCCAGGCCGACUUAUUCAGGUUUACCCCACCAGUGUAGUUAGAGCAGAAAAGAAAAGGCAACUUAAUUCCAAAAGCCCCAAAUUUGUUCCUUAUGAGCCUUACCCAGCGGCUGUGAAGCCAAUAGUGCCUCAAACAGUUUCCAAGUCUAAGAAAUCUAAGAAUAACAUGGACAUCAAUGUACUUAUAUCCCAGAUGUCGCAAAUGGACACAAAGUUGAAUGAGUUCAAGCCGAGACCAAAGUUAACGUCCUCUAGUUCAGUAGAUCCUGCAGCCGUGGAUCCUGACAAACAUAACCCUGAGAAAGCUGAAAUGCAGGCCACUAUUGACAAACUGAUGGAAGAGAAUGAGUCUAUAAAGGAUCAGUUGAAACAGCAAGUACAGGUGAACAAAGAAUUGAAGACAAUGCUUGUGGCAUCCAUGGGUGAAGAUUUAGAGAUCCAGGUGCAGUCACUCAAUGAGGACAAGAAGCAUUUGGCCGAUGCCUUGCUGAACUCUGCUCAGCACUUGUCAACCCAUCAAGAGCAAACAGAAUGGUUAGCAGGUCAAUGUGAAGUGUGGAGAAGCAAAUUUCUUGCUAGCAGCCUGAUGGUGGAAGAGCUAGCAAACUGGAAGAAAGUUCUCAACGAAAAAACCGUAAAUUUACAACAAGCAAUAAAGCAACUGCUAGACGAGAGGUGCAGGACUAGAGACAUGAUGUUAUGCACCUAUAAAAACCUUUACAGCCUCCACGAGAAGUGGCUCGAGAACAUCGCCAUUUCAGAAUAUGUGGGCAACAAUAAAGUAUACAACCAACCGAUUGGGAAUCUUAACUUGAACACUACAAUACCACACUCUUCAAAUAUAAUUGAUUUAGCGCUGGUCAAUUUGAAAUUGUCAGAGAAUGUUAGCAGUUCUAAUGAGAAACCCGAUAUCAGCUAUCUCGAUAAUUUACCAACUGAGACGGAUGGCGAGAAACAUGCUGAGAAUAUAAUGGCCAUGCCUUUAGAAGUAAAGAAGGUGAGCGAAGAACCUGUGAACGCGUUGGUGCACCACGCGUACAACAGUAGCAGCAGCACUCCAAGACCUAUAGCUUCGUGUGUGCACUGCAACGGCAAAGUGCAGUUACUGUAAACAGUGGCGUAACUAGGCGUGGGCGAAGCGAAGGUCUCGCGCCUAAGGGGGCCCCACGGAUGCCAAUCUUUUUUAUUACAUUGGGAAUACAUAUUGAAAGAAAAGAGCAUCAGACAUGCGACUUCGCCCAGGGAGGCGAUUUUUUAAUUUCUAUCGCUCGAUUUCGUCACUCGAAAAUCGGUGUAAAAGGCCAAAUACUAAUUUUUGAAAUACGAGCGAUAGAAAUUUGGAAUCGAGUGGUAUAGACCACUCGUUUUUAAUUGUAUUAGUAUAAUUUAAAUGCCUAGUAGUGGAGAUAUUAUUGAACGAAAUACAUGAAAUCGAGCGGCCUAAAUUAUAAAAUCGGCCCCCAGGACUAAAUUAGUUCACACUACGCCACUGACUGUUAGCUUGGGUAGAAAAGAUAUUGCUUUAGAGGCUCGGAACUCCAGGCUUAUAGAUCA